AUGAGUUUCCUGGAAGUGUAUUGCAGCAAAAUACGAGAACUUGACCCAGUUGUUUUGUUGGGGACAUUUUCAGUAGCUGCUCUGACUUCGUUAUACUUAGUUGUUUACGUGUUCUCACAUUCUCCAAGAAGUCCUUUCGCCGAAGAGCUGGAGUAUUCAACCAAUGGGAUAGAUGGUGAAAUUGAACGCGGUCGUCUUUGUGAUGUUGUUACUGAGGAACGGAACGUGGAAGAUAUUGAACUUUCUGUCGUGGUUCCCAGUUAUAAUGAGACUGGUAGAAUUCUCGUUAUGCUCAGAGAGGCCAUUGCCUAUUUGCAACAGAACAUGCCAGACAACUGGGAAAUAAUUAUUGUGGACGAUGGUUCUAAAGAUGGUACCUCGGAAUACUGUCUAAACCUGGCCAAAGAGGAGUUCAAAUUAAAUCCAGGUCAGUUGAGAGUUGUGAAAUUAACCAAAAACAGAGGUAAAGGUGGCGCUGUAAGACAUGGUCUACUUCACAUUAGAGGUAAAUAUGGUCUGUUCGCUGACGCUGAUGGAGCCAGUAAGUUUUCGGAUGUCUCCAAGUUGAUAGAUGCCAUAAAGACUGAAGAGAAGGAGAACAACGCUGCUGUGGCAAUCGGCUCGAGAGCGCACAUGGUUAACACCGAUGCAGUCGUGAAAAGGUCCUUCAUAAGAAAUUUCUUAAUGUAUGCAUUGCACACGCUAGUUUUCGUGUUUGGAAUAAGAUCUAUUCAGGAUACCCAAUGUGGUUUUAAGCUGUUCAAUAGAAAUGCGAUACGGGAGAUUUUUCCAUAUCUGCACACAGAGGGAUGGAUAUUUGACGUGGAGGUUUUAAUCUUGGCGUUACGGAAAAAAAUGCCUAUAAAAGAAGUUGCCAUCUCAUGGCAUGAAGUCGGCGGGUCCAAGAUGGAUCUCGCCAGAGAUAGUAUAAAUAUGGCCAAAGAUUUGGUAAUAAUCAGGUUGGCCUACAUCAUUGGUAUUUAUAGCGAUAGAGUUGCAUGCUAG